ACGGGGAGGCAGGUCGCCACGUGAUGCCGCCGCUCCGGAGAUCAUGUGACCAGCUGCCCGGAGUUCCCACGCGGGAGCACGGUCCGCGCGCUGGCAGUUGCCAUGGGAACGCGGUGGCCGCUGCUGCUGCUCCUCCCGCCGCUGCUGCUGCCGGCGGCCGCUGCCGCUGCCGGGCCGGCGGGGCCCGGCCUGCAGGAGCAGUUCUUCCCGCAGGUGCGGGACCACUUCAGCUUCGAGCCCGACGGCAGCGAGACCUUCCCGCAGCGGUUCCUGCUCUCAGCAAAGUUUUGGAAGAAAGGAUUUGGACCCAUCUUUUUCUAUACUGGCAAUGAAGGUGACAUCUGGAAUUUUGCUCAGAACUCCGACUUCAUAUUUGAAUUAGCAGAGGAACAGCAAGCGCUUGUGAUUUUUGCUGAGCAUAGGUACUAUGGGAAGUCUCUUCCAUUUGGACUUGAGUCAAUGCAGCCGAAGAACACUGGUCUGCUCACCGUGGAACAAGCCCUCGCUGACUAUGCAGUGCUAAUUACUGAGCUUAAGCAGCAGUACGGUGCUGCAGACUGUCCUGUCAUUGCUUUUGGAGGCAGCUACGGAGGAAUGCUGAGUGCUUACAUGAGGAUGAAGUACCCAAACAUCGUGUCGGGAGCAUUAGCUGCCAGUGCCCCGCUGCUGUCUGUGGCUGGGCUUGGAGACCCCACGCAGUUCUUCAGAGAUGUAACAGCAGAUUUCGACAAGUCCAGCCCAGGCUGCGUCCCAGCUGUCCGCAAAGCCUUCCAGCAGAUCAAGGAUCUGUUCCUGCGUGGAGCCUAUGAUGAAAUCAGCAGCAAAAUGGCCACGUGCAAUAAGAUCUCUACCAAGGAGGAUGUUUACCAGCUUUUUGGGUUUGCUAGAAACGCCUUCACCAUGAUGGCCAUGAUGGACUACCCGUACAAAACCGAUUUCAUGGGCCACCUCCCUGCCAACCCAGUGAAGGUCGGCUGUGAUCAAAUCCUUACCCACGCAGACCCAAUCCGAGGCCUGGCUGCUCUUGUUGGGGUGCUGUACAACUCCUCCAGCUCGGCGCAGUGUUACGACAUAUACCAGCUGUACCAGUCCUGCGCUGACCCCACGGGCUGCGGCAUCGGCUCGGACGCCGAGGCCUGGGACUACCAGGUUUGCACCGAGAUCAACUUAACUUUCAACAGCAACAACGUGACCGACAUGUUCCCCGAGAUGCCGUUCACAGAGGCCAUGCGAGAGCAGUACUGCUGGAGCAGGUGGCGCGUCAGGCCCCGAGCACGCUGGCUGCACAUAAACUUUUGGGGCGGAGACCUGAAAAGUGCAAGCAACAUUAUUUUUUCAAAUGGAGACUUGGACCCGUGGGCUGGAGGUGGGAUAAACAGCAGCCUCAGUUCUUCGCUGAUUGCACUGACCAUUAAAGGAGGCGCUCAUCACCUAGAUCUGCGAGGACACAAUCCAGCUGACCCCCCGUCCGUCACAGAGGUGCGCAAGCUCGAAGCGAGUAUCAUCAAUCACUGGGUGAAAUCCGCACGGAUGGAAAGAACAUCAGAGAAACACUGGGGAGCUUUAGCAGGCGGAUGGGUGUGAAUACAACACAUAGAAUCACUUUGGUUGGAAGACACCCUCAAGACAGUCCAGUUCAACCAUAACCUACUCUGGCACUACCCCAUGUCCCAUGUACCUCAUCUCAGGUCUGUCCAACCCUCCAGGGCUGGUGACUCCAGCACUGCCCUGGGCAGCCUGUUCCAAUGCCCCACAGCCCUUUCCAUAAAUAAAUUGUUCCCCAGAUCCAACCUCAACCUCCCCUGGCGCAACUUGAGGCCGUUUCCUCUGCUCCUGGCGCUUGUUCCUGGGGAGCAGAGCCCGACCCCCCCUGGCUCCAAGCUCCUUUCAGGCAGUUCAGAGAUCAGAAGGUCUCCCCUCAGCUCCUGUUCUCCAGCUGAACCCCCCAGGUCCCUCAGCCGCUCCAUCACACUUGUGCUCCAGCCCCUCACCAGCUCCAUUCCCUCCUCUGCACUUGCUCCAGCACCUCAAGGCCUUUCUUGGCGUGAGGGGCCAAAACUGACCCCAGGAUUCGAGGUUUGGCCUCCCCAGUGCCCAGCACAGGGAUGGUCGCUGCCCUGGGCCUGCUGGCUGCACUAUUCCUGGUACCAGCCAGGAUGCUGGUGGCCUCUUGGCCACCUGGGCACACACUGGCUCAUGUUCAGCCGCUGUCACCAACACCCCCAGGUCCUUUUCCACCGGGCACUUUCCAGCCGCUCUUCCCCAGCCUGCAGCGUUCAUGGGGUUGUUGUGACCCAGGUGCAGUACCCGGCACUUGGCCUUGUUGAACCUCAGACAACUGGCCUCAGCCCAGCGAUCCAGCUGGUCCAGACCCCUCUGUAUGGCCUUCCCACCCUCCAGCAGAUCAACACUCCCACCCAGUUUGGUGUAUUUGCAAACUGACUGAGGGUGCACUCGAUCCCCUCCUCCAGAUCAUUGAUAAAGAGAUUAAACAGAACUGGCCCCAGUACUGAGCCCUGGGGACACCACUCAUGACCAGUCGCCAACUGGAUUUGCCUCUGUUCACCACAACUCUUUGGGCCUGUCCCUCCACCAGUUCUUUAUCCAUCGCAGAUACACCAUCCAGGCCGUGAGCUGCAGCUUCUCCAGGAGAUGCUGUGGGAUGUGGUGUCAAAGGUUUUACUGAAGUCUAAGUACACAACACCCACAGCCUUUCCCUCAUCUACUGCGUGGGUCACAUUGUAGGAGGAGAUCAGGUUGGUCAAGCAGGACCUGCCUUUCACAAACCCAUGGUGACUGGGCCUGAUCGCUGGGUUGUGCUGUGUGUGCCUCGGGAUGGGACUUGAGAUGAUCUGUUCCACGACCUUCCCCAGCACCGAGCUCAGACCGACAGGCCUGCAAUUCUGCAGAUUCUCCUUCUAGCCCUUCCUGUAGACAGGUGCCACAUUUGCCAGCUUCCUGGGACCUCCCCAGUUAGCCAGGACUGCCGAUAGAUAACUGAAAGUGGCUCGGUGAGCACCUCUGCCAGCUCCCUCAGCACCCUCGCGUGGAUCCCAUCUGGCCCCUUAGACUCGUGUGUGUCUAAAUUCUGUAGCAGGUCACCAACCAUUUCCCCUUGGAUUAUGGGGGCUUCAUUCUGCUCCCUGUCCCUGGGUACCUGCAGCACCACUGGUCUCACGUUUAAAGACUCAGCCAUUGCCUUGUCCUCUGUCACUCCGUUUCCCCCGCGCCCAUCAGGGAAUGGAGAUUCUCCUUAGCCCUUCUUUUGUUGCUGAUGUAUUUAUAGCAACAUUUCUUGUUCCCUUUUACAGCCUAGCCAGGCUCAGCUCUAGUGGAGCUUUGGCCCUUCUGAUUUUCUUCCUGCACAACUUCACAGCAUCCUUGUAUUCCUGUAGAGCACCUGCCCCGUCUUCCAGAGGUUAGAAAUUCCCCUUGUAUUCCCGAGUUCCAGCCCAGCUCCGUUCAGCCCGGCCGGGCUCCCCGCCUUCCCGCGCACGGGGCGUCCCGGCGCCUCCAGCGGGGCUGCGAGGCUCCCACCAGGACACACAAGUGUCCCACCUGUCCCUAAGAACACCAUAAAAGCAAAAGGCCAAAUCACUGACUGGAGCGCAAACGCCACCGUGUGGGUUUCACACUCGCUCAGAACGAGAAGGCAUCGUAACUGGUGGAAAUCAGAGCGUGCCUUAAGACCCAAGAUUGAUCGUUGUUCUGAAAAGCACGCGUGCCAGAGGCACCUGAAGGCUGAAGCAAAGUUAUUUUUAGAUAAAACGUAAAUACUAGAUAAGCAGCGGAGCAGCAGAGGUGUGGUCGUUACUUACCGGGCUUCCCCGGGGACUUUCCAGUGACCAGUUGUAUCAGCCUCACCCAGUGCUGCGGGUUUGGGUUGGUUGGUCGUGUUUUCACCUUGUACCAGAGAUGCCCAGUUGUUGGGCUGGACAUUUACAGCAAGUAAUCGUGCGUGCUGCUGUCACUCAAGGUCUCCAUGUGGGUGACCAGUAGAGCACACUUCACUUGAGAAAUCUGCAGGUCUUCUUAAAAUAAAUCACAAGUUUAUCAAA